AUGCAAAUACUUGUUACCGGCGGAGCCGGGUACGUCGGCAGCCACGUUGUUUACCAAUUGAUUGAGAAGGGACACCAAGUGGUGGUGCUGGACGACCUAAGCACGGGAUACGCUGAGUGAGUCAACCCGCGGGCGACUUUUUACCAGGUCAGUUUGCUUGAUCAAAAAAAGUUGGCCGAAAUUUUUCAGACUCACAAAAUUGAGCUGGUGGUUCACUUGGCUGCCAAGUUGCUAGUCAGCGAAUCGACUCGCCAACCGCUUACUUACUACCAGACUAACGUCGGCGGACUAAUCAAUUUACUAAUCGCGAUGGAAAAAGCUGGCGUGGAUAAGAUGAUCUUCUCCUCAACAGCGGCUGUCUACGGCGAGCCCCCGCGAGAAGGUCAAAUAAUUACCGAGCAAGACUCUAAAAAUCCGAUCAACCCUUACGGCCAAUCAAAGUUAAUCGGCGAGAAGAUACUGGGCGACUUAACCAAGACCGGUCAGAUCAAAACGGUUAUCUUCCGUUAUUUCAACGUGGCCGGGGUUAGUCAGGCGCUGAUGAAACUGCCUUUGCCCGCUAAACCCCAUCUCAGCCACCUAAUUCCGAUUGUCAACAGUUACGCGCUUGGUAAGUUGCCAAUCCUAACUGUUUACGGCGAUGAUUAUCCGACGCCCGAUGGCACUUGCGUGCGCGAUUACAUCCACGUUGAGGAUUUAGCUUGGGCGCACUUGCUGGCGAUUGACUACUUAAAAAGCGGUCAUUCAGGCGACUUUAACCUCGGGUCUGGUCAAGGUUACAGCGUCAAACAAGUGGUUGAAACUGCUCAGAAAGUUAGCCAAGUUUGGUUAAAAUACCAAGUAAGCGCCCGACGCCCGGGUGAUCCGGCUUGGCUCGUGACCAGUUAUGCAAAAGCUCAGCGCGCUCUAGGUUUUAAGCCCCGCGCCAGUUUAGCCGACAUGAUUAAAUCUGAUUACCAGUGA